AUGAGAAUCGAAGAAGAAGCACCGCAACCAUCCUCUUCAGCGACUCCAAAUGAAGAUGGCUUGAAGAGUGGCCCUUCAAAUAUAAACGGAUUAAUAAGUGAUGACAAAGUGCUGGAAAAUUUAGGUAACGACGAUUUAGGCGGUAGUGGUGAAGGUUCAAAUGAGAAUAAGGGAGUUAUUGCCGAAAGUGCAAAUUCCUCCGAUAUCCUUAACGUGCCGUCAAAUACUCCUACGAAUUUUAUCCCGAAAACGAAUUUAGAAGAAGAGGAGAUUCAUAAGAUCGAUAACGCGCUGAACGAGCUUGGUAAAAUUUCAGAAAAUGAAAUGGAGAAUGGGAUGGAAAAAGAAGUAACUGAGACUAAGAGUAAAAAGAAUCGUUUUGUGAAGUUUAUAAAGAAUAUUAAAAAGAUUCUAAAGGGAAGAUGGAAGAAAGGGUGA